AACAAAAACUUUUAAAAAGUGGAAAUUCUAAAAAUGGCUCCCUUUACCAAGAUCUUGAAAGCCCUUUACAAGCCAGCGUUAGUGUCUGAAUGGAAUGGGAUUUUUGAUCGCCUGAUUUUUGUCAGCAGGUUUCACCAGCUGCCCAAACUCUCUGGCAGCCAGAACUUGGAGGUACGGAAUAAUGCGGCAGGAACAGGAGCUGAGGACAAAGAAGAGGAGAUGGUGGCGGCAGGGGUAGGGGAGGUCCCGACGGCCACCUCGCAGCAACAGCAUCUAAAGGUGAAGACCCUAGAGGAAAUGCCAGGGCCCAAAACCCUGGCUAACCUGGUGGAAUUUUUCUGGAAGGAUGGCUUUAGCCGCAUCCACGAAAUCCAGCAAAAACACACACUGGAAUAUGGGAAAAUCUUCAAGUCUCACUUUGGUCCUCAAUUUGUAGUAUCUAUUGCAGACAGAGACAUGGUGGCUCAGGUUCUCCGGGCUGAGGGAACCACUCCCCAAAGAGCCAAUAUGGAGUCCUGGCAGGAAUAUAGGGACUUACGAGGGAGAUCUACUGGGCUUAUUUCUGCGGAAGGCAAGCAAUGGCUAAAGAUGAGAAGCAUAUUGAGACAAAGAAUUUUGAAACCCAAAGAUGUAGCUAUUUUUUCUGGAGAAGUCAACCAAGUUAUUGCUGACUUGAUUAAGAAAAUCUACAUCCUCAAGAGUCAGGAAGCAGAUGGAGAAACUGUGACUAAUGUUAAUAAUCUUUUCUUCAAAUACUCUAUGGAAGGAGUUGCUACUAUACUUUAUGAAUGUCGUUUGGGCUGCCUGGAAAACAGUGUCCCCCCGCUGACUGUGGAAUAUAUCGAAGCAUUGAAACUGAUGUUUAGUAUGUUUAAGACCACCAUGUAUGCAGGAGCUAUUCCCAAAUGGCUUCGUCCACUUAUCCCUAAACCUUGGAAAGAAUUCUGCAGAUCCUGGGAUGGACUCUUCAAAUUUAGCCAGAUUCAUGUUGACAAUAAGCUGAAGGACAUUCAGUCCCAACUGGAUAGAGGGGAAAGCAUCCAAGGAGGGUUGCUCACCUACCUCUUAAUUAGCAAAGAGCUAACUUUAGAGGAAAUCUAUGCCAAUAUGACUGAAAUGCUCCUGGCGGGGGUUGACACAACUUCUUUCACUCUGUCUUGGGCUGCAUACCUAUUGGCAAAGCAUCCUGAAGUUCAGCAAUCAGUGUAUAAUGAGAUCAUUGAGAAUUUGGGAAAGAAACAUAUUCCAACAGCAGAGGAUAUCCCCAAAGUACCAUUGAUCAGAGCUCUGCUCAAGGAAACCCUAAGGUUAUUUCCAGUUUUACCAGGAAAUGGUAGAGUAACCCAAGAAGAUUUGAUUAUCGGAGGAUAUCUAAUUCCAAAAGGAACUCAAUUGGCUUUAUGUCAUUAUGCUACAUCUUAUGAAGAAGAAAAUUUCCCAAUGGCAAAAGACUUCAAACCUGAGCGCUGGCUGAGGAAAGGAAAUAUGGACAGAGUAGACAACUUUGGUUCCAUCCCGUUUGGUUAUGGCCUCCGUAGCUGUAUAGGAAGAAGAAUAGCAGAGCUAGAAAUUCAUCUUGUAAUGAUACAGCUGCUUCAACAUUUUGAGAUCAAAACUUCUCCUCUAACUAAAACAGUUCAUGCUAAAACACAUGGGCUUCUGACACCUGGAGAAUCCAUCAAUGUACGAUUUGUUACCCGAAAAUGAGGCUUAAUUUUUUUAGGUGGCUUUAGCAGACUCAGAAUGAAAACUGGUUUAUGUCUCCCUGAUGUAAGCCAGGGGCUCUUUUUGUAACACUGAUCAGUUGUGGAGAAUAAGAAAAAGGAUCAUUUCCAGAAGAGACUGUUUGAUUAUAGAAAGACCUACAACUUUCUAUUCUUUGCACAAAAGAGAACUAUGAGUGUUUAUAUGGCAUGAUGUAAAAGAAAAUUAAUAUUUUACCUUUUCAUUUAAAAAGCUCUUUUUUCCUUAUUUGAAACAUCUAUUGCUGGCAAUAGAUGUUCAAGAACCAGUGAUAUUAAAUUGGGAUGUCACCUAUAGUGUCUUCCUUUUGAGUAUGUAAGAGUAUUUACAGUAAUUUUUGGUCAAAGAAAUGUUGGUUAUAUUUGUAUUUGCACAUUCAUUUCUCAAGUGGAAAAUGCAGAGUAUAUAAACUAACAUUGACCAAGACUAUAUAUUAGCAGGAAAUUUCUAUUUUUUUUUUUCCAAUUUGAAGUGGAUGUGUUGGGUGCUAAUUUAUAGCAAUAUAAGUUAGAGAAGAAAAAGUCAAAUAUUAUCAUUAUAUCUUCAAGUUCCAGUUUUGAUAUCUCUAAAAUGAAUUUGUAAAACUGAAAAAAAAAAAAAAACCUAGAAUCUUAUUCUCAGUUCUAUUUUUAUUGAACUUAGACACAAAUCCUUGUUAAAAAGAAAAAGAAAGACCAAUAUGAUCUGGGCAAACAUUAGAAACAUGUUUUAAGAAAUUGAUAAACAAGGUAGAAUUUCAUAUUGAGUUUUAAGUCCUGACCUGGAAAUUCAAGAAAACUAAAAAAGUGAAUGUCAGGCGGUGAAAUUGCUUUAAAUUGAGGAAAUGUCAGCAAAAUGUAAUCACAAUGAAAAAUUGCCUUAGCUCUAGAAGCUCUGGAAUCUUUUCUGUUUACAUUAUAAACAGAUCAGCUAAUGAAAUAAAAACUUCUAAUUUAGAAUUUUGAGCUGGAAAUGCCCUUACAGAAUAGUUGGUCCAAAUCUCUCAGGCUAAGAAAACAGUAGGCCAAGAGAAGUUAAAUAUCAAGUUAUUUUAAAUGUAAGACCUCAGAAGUUCCUCAUUAGAGCUGAAACAAAAGCAAUCUGUAUGCCCUAGGCAGAGCUUAUAAAUUAUGUCCCUUGUGUGUUAUUAUCUCCCAGAAAUUUUGGGCCUGUAUUCUAACACCUGUGUAAUACCUCAUAUUCUUGGAGCUAAAAGAACCUUAGAAAACGGGUAGUCAAAUCUCUGUAUUUUUCAGAUGAAGAGGCUGAGAUCCAGAAAAGGGAAAUGUCUUGCUCAGACAGAGCUCAGUAGCUUAAGAGCAUGGACAAGAACCAAAUCUCCUUGCUCAAUCAGGUGCUCUUACUUGUCAAAGACAGUAGAAUUUCUUGCCAUUGGCAUUUUAAUUCAGCAACAAUUCACAACUUGAAGCUGGACGAAGUAAUUGGCCUCGGGGGAAAUAGUUUAAAUAACAUGGUGCCAGCCCUCAAGAAGCUUAUGAUCUAAUAGGAAGAGAAGACAAAAACCCAGACAAACCGUAAUAGCUUUGUAGGGAAAGUACAUUAGAGAGUUAUAGAACUAAGUGUUAACCUGAUUUCCUAAGAGUCUCUUAGUUGUUAACUCUAGGAAAAAUCAGGAAAAUUUUCAUGGAGAAAAGUAUACUUUUUUAAAAAGAGGAAUAGGAACAAGUAAUGUUUAUCAGCCCAUCUCCUCUUAGAGCAUGUUCACAAAUUCCUUACUUUGCCCACUCCUCUCCCUGAUUUUGCUGCUAAUUAUCUUUAUUCAUGCCUAUGUAUUAUGUCCCUUCAAUAGAAAAGAUUUGGAUAUCUAUGAAUGGGGAGCCUCUGGUUAUUUCUGUCAAGUUGCCUGCCAUGACUAUCACUGAUAGCUAGCAAAGAGUCUCCUUCAUACUAGAAGACUGGUUUUUAUAGUGGAUUCUUUAGUCUGUCAUUAAUUUCUAAUUCCAUUCAUUUCAGUGUAUCUUUUAAUGUUAUUUUUGCUCGAAAAUAUCCUUCUAACUAACAUACUGUGGAUCUUUUUUUUCAUCUUCAUAAAGUUAGACUUCAAAAUGAUUCAUGAAUAAAACCAGCAUUAACUUUCAUUUCAUACUGUCUUUGUUUUGCAUAUAGUAUUGAAACCUAAACCUGGCAAUUACAAAUUAGGUUUAUGUGGACUCUGUAAAAAUGUAUAAAUGUGAAAGUAUGUCAUAUUAACUGAUCAAGUAUUGGAAUGCUUUUUGAAGCAGUAGUUUAUACAUUGUUGUUCAUAAAAUUCACAAAAAUAUUCUCUUAGAAAAAGAAAUUAAAACAUUAAGAAUAACGAUCAAACUGGA